GUUUUUGAUGUUGAUAAUUUUGUAGCGGAGAAAUGAGAGGAGUAAAAAGAGGGAGAGGUCAAGGUCUCUAACAAGAUCUGAUUCAGGGUCUAGGCACAGCAGUAGAGAGCCUGAUGAGAAGAGGAGGAGGAAAUCUUCUGACAGUGAAUCUCUGCCUACAAAGCUAGAUGGUGACGACAUAGCUGCAGCUAUGUUAAACGAUGGCUUAGAUGAUCUCCAAGAUGCAUUCAGUGACUGGACAGAUGACGAUGAAGAAGAGUUACUCCUUGUAGGUGUCAGCACCAAAAAGCAGGUGGAAGACUGGGACAAUCAAAUGGACUUUGAUGUCCCCAAAAAUAGACGCAGCCCAGCAACGUCAGGGAGAAUGGUUGACAUUAGGGAUGUUAGGAUGGACCAGAGUGGAAGAUCUUCAGAUCUCAUGCCAGACAAACCUCUAAUGGAUAAGAACCUUCCUCGUAUGAAGAUCAUAGAAGAUAUUCCUAAAGAAAAACCAGCCAAAAGACGGCCUGGUAACAAUGAUGAUAAGGGCUAUGAGGAAAUCUCAUCUGAUGAAAAUGAUCUUUAUGAGGAGGGUGACCGUAUGAACAAAAGAACCAUAGUAAGCAUCUUGGACAUAGACAUUGCCAGUCUGAUGCCAGCAGCUAAGCCCAGCUCCCUGUCUGGUCCUGUGUUCCAGCGCUUCAAGGCAGCGAGCCUGUUCUCUGAGAUGGGGCUGUCCAAGGUGUUUGCUGGGGACAAACUGUACAGAGAAGUUGAGCUGGCGUGCCAGAGGGAGAUGGAUGAGCUGUCAGCUGCAGAAGUUGUUCCAGAAAAUAAAUUUGAAAUAAAAAGUGAAGCAGCAGAAUCAGGCGAAACAAAACCAGACGUGGCAGAGCCGUCACAGCCUGACACCAAGCCAGAACCAUGCCUCACACCAGCUGACACUCUACCCCCAGGUCAAGACAACCUACCCCAAACUAAACCCACCGUAACGCAAGACCCCGGGGCCGACCCACCAAAACAGACAAUCCCCGCACAGAAGGGUUUGAUUAAACGAACUGAGUUUGCUAAGCCAGUCAGGGCCCCGGUCUUGACCCCCGCGACUAAACCUGUCUUCAAGUUGUACGGGGACACAUCCGCGUACCACAAGCAUAACAAGGCAAAGACGCUAGAGAGGUCUGGAUUGCUGGCCAAUUUUGGAAUGUUUAGACGUGCACUGACGGCGAGGAAAGAUUUGGAAAUUAGACGGCAGCUAUGCAAGAUUGAUCCGAAAUAUGACCAGAGUGCUAUUUAUCCAUCAGGAGUCCUAGAUCAUGAAAACUUUAGACUAUGUAUGCAGCUGUUCAAACUUAAAAGACCAUCUGUCAUAGGUGCCAAGCAAGCAGUUCUAGGCACCAAAAGCUCUACACUUGGCACCAAAUCUCCUGUCGGUGUUGCCAAGUCUCCCGUCACUGACGCUAAACCUUCAGCAGUGGGCAUCAAAGCUCAGAGAGCCAAAUCUCCUGGUGCCAGGACUUCUGGGAUGGGUGGGGUCAGGACCGCAGUGGGUGGGGCCAGGUCCCCAGUUGUUGGGACAAAGUCCCCCCUUGCUGUUGUCAUGUCUCCGGCACCUGAUGUCAGUUUGCCGGUACCUGAGGCGGAGGCUAUGGUGGAGGAAGCUGCGGUUUGUUCUAAAGAGGAGGCGAUGUGUGAGGGCUAGUCAUUCUAGUCUCACAUGAUGACACCUUGUGAAUGACACCUUGUGAAUGACACCUUGUGAAUGACACCUUGUGAAUGACACCUUGUGAAUGGUACCUUGUGAAUGACACCUUGACUUGACACCUUGGCACGGGGACUAGUCAUUCAGGUCUGACAUCUUGACCUUUUCACCUUAGCAUGACAGCUUGACCGUAUGACUAGACA